UUCCUCAAUUCAGUUUAAACAUCAAGAAAAGUGAUAAAGAUAAUAUUUUUCUUUUGAUCAGUUUCAUAGCUAGUAAAGAAAAAUGGCUGAGAAAGACCAGCAAGUGCAUCCCCCAGCACCAGCUAACAAGCACCUGAGGAGUGAUGAAGAAUCAGCCGGGUUACAAGCGAAAGAGCUGAAAAGAAAGAAGAGAAUCAAAUAUGCUGUGUAUAUUGCGGCUUUUGCAGUGUUCCAAACCGCUAUCAUCCUGGUUUUUGCACUGACAGUCAUGCGCGUUAAGAACCCAAAGGUAAGAAUUGGAAGAAUCACCAUUGAGACAAUGGAAACCAAUAACACCGGAGCUGCUGCUGCUGCUGCUUCAUUUGAUCUCAAGUUCAUUGCCCAAGUUACGGUAAAAAACACCAAUUUUGGUCAUUACAGAUUUGAUCACAGUACUAUGAGUUUUCUGUAUGAUGGUGUAAUAGUAGGAGAGGCAAUUAUUCCCAAGGCCAGGGCCAGAGCUCGUUCUACCAAAAAAUUGGAUGUUAUUGUGGAAGUGAACUCCAGAGCAUUGACAAACACCACACCACUUGGCUCAGAAUUGAGUUCCAAUAUAUUGACAUUGAAUAGCCAGGCCAAGUUGAAAGGAAAAGUGGAAUUGAUGAAAGUGAUAAAGAGAAACAAAUCCCCAGAGAUGAAUUGUACCCUCACAUUCAAUGUUUCAACAAGGAAUCUCCAAGAUCUAAACUGCAAGUGAUGGCAUAAUAAUUAAGCUUGGUACUGGUUUUCAAAUUUUUUGGGUUUAAUUUUUAGUACUUACUAUACACUUGAUAUUCUUAUACGGAGAGUCA